UUUCCCCCUGGGGAUGAAUAAAGUUUAUAUCAAUAUCUAUCUAUCUAUAUCUAUAUUCUUCACUAAUUAUAUUCAACUCCACCAGGGAAUAUUUUUCCAUACAGCGAGGUCACUUAUUACUGCAAGAGCUCUACUUAUUCGGCUAAUUGUGGUGUGUCAUUUACUCUGCGGAAUUACGUCGAACUAUAACACAUCCCAAGUGAAAUGAUGUGUAUCAAUUAAACCGGGAUAUUGUUUUAUGAUGCCAAAUACAAUUCUGUGUGUCUGUUUAAUGUACAGCCUUCGUUAGAGCAAGAAAAAGCCAACGGAUAGUGAGGAGGAGGAGAUGAGGAAGAUUUCUAGCUUUAGAUGGAUCGUUCCAAAGUAAUACUAUGAUGAUUUUCAUGACAACUCUCAACAAAGUUUUUCAUCACUCUGGGCUUCAAUUGAAACUGUGUCACAGGGCUAACAGUGUUAAUAUGGGAGGCCCUUUUCUAAUUUGUCCUCCUUCCCUCCAUCCCUCCCUCUCUCUGUCUCUCCUCUGGAUGUCUCCCCUCCCUUACAAAGGUACAUGAGAGCUCUCUUUCCCACACACUCCAAGUGCUUCAUGUUAGAGCUCUAUCUCCCAGUCACUGCCUCACAGCUGGAGCUCUCUGAGAACUGAAGAACAAGCAGCGGUUUAAACAGCAGGAUGCAGCGACUCAGGGAAGGCGUUCACAUACGUACAAUGAAGGCAAAGAGGAAAGUGGAGGAGAUCUCCAAAGAGGACGUCCAGGCUUUCCUCAAGAAGAAUGCCUUUGUGCUCUUUACUGUCGGGGCAGUUAUUGUCGGUAUUGUUCUGGGAUUCACGCUGCGCCCAUAUAAGAUGACCUAUCGAGAGGUGAAGUACUUCUCCUUCCCUGGAGAGCUGUUAAUGAGAAUGCUUCAGAUGCUUGUUCUCCCCUUACUGGUAUCCAGUCUGAUAACAGGAAUGGCAGCUUUAGACAGCAAAGCCUCAGGAAAGAUGGGCAUGAGAGCCCUGAUUUACUACAUGACCACGACCUUUAUCGCAGUCUUCAUUGGUAUCAUAGUCGUCCUCAUCAUCCACCCAGGAAAAGGAUCAAAAGCUGAGUUUGGAAAGCAGCAAAAGAUAGAGCAAGUCAGUCCUGCUGAUGCCUUCUUAGAUCUGAUCAGAAAUAUGUUUCCACCGAACUUGGUCCAAGCCUGCACACAGCAGUUCAAAACCAAAUAUGGAAAGCGAACAGUCCAUGUGACUGUCACAGUGAAUGACACCCUCUUCAACUCGACCAAUGGCAUGCAAGAGGUCAUGGAGAUCACCCGGGAGGAAGUGAUCCCAGUGUCGGGUCAGGUGAAUGGGGUCAAUGCUCUCGGGCUGGUGGUCUUCUCCAUGUGCUUUGGUCUAAUAAUUGGCAGCAUGAAGGAGCAGGGCCAGAUCCUGAGGGAUUUCUUCGACAGCCUCAAUGAAGCUAUCAUGCGCUUGGUUGCCAUCAUCAUGUGGUAUGCUCCUAUUGGUAUCCUGUUCCUGAUUGCAGGAAAGAUUGUGGAAAUGGAUGAUCUGACACAGAUGGGUGGCCAGCUGGCCAUGUAUACCAUCACAGUUAUCAUUGGCUUACUGAUACAUGGAGUUCUUAUUCUUCCCACACUUUAUUUUGUUAUCACUCGGCAAAACCCUUUUAUCUUCAUUGCUGGUCUCCUGCAAGCCUUGAUAACAGCCCUGGGGACCUCCUCCAGCUCAGCCACCCUCCCUGUCACCUUUAAAUGUCUGGAGGAGAACAACAAAAUUGACAAGCGAAUCACACGUUUCGUGCUGCCUGUGGGUGCCACCAUCAACAUGGAUGGAACAGCUCUGUAUGAGGCACUGGCAGCCAUCUUUAUUGCCCAGGUCAACAAUAUAGAGAUGAACUUUGGUCAGAUCAUCACCAUCAGUAUUACGGCGACUGCAGCCAGUAUCGGAGCUGCUGGCAUCCCUCAGGCAGGCCUGGUCACCAUGGUGAUUGUACUGACCUCUGUUGGACUUCCUACUGAUGACAUCACUCUCAUCAUUGCGGUUGAUUGGUUUCUGGACCGUCUGCGUACCACGACCAAUGUCUUGGGGGAUUCAAUCGGAGCCGGCAUUGUGGAGUUCCUGUCCCGACAUGAGCUCCGCAGCAAAGACGUGGAGAUGGGAAACUCAGUGCUGGAGGAGAGGGAGAGGAAGAAACCCUACAAGCUCAUCUCCCAAGAUAGUGAUUUUGAAAAUGACAAACGUACUCACAGUGAAUCAAACAUGUAGUUCAACAUCAUUACCGUGUACAAGCACUUACAGCUGGUUCUGUUUUGGGGAGUAGGGACCUAAUCGUCAAACAUAGUUUUAUUGUUAUUAUUUCACACUUUUUUGAUUUGAUAACAUUCCUUUAUUAUCUCUUUCAUCCAAAAUGACAUAAUGUGCUGACAUUAUUUGGUUUUCGUUCAAAUAGGACUGGUAGUUUUUGUUUUGUAAGUUUACUACUGAAAUUAACAUUUUAACCACAUAUUACCCUCAUGUAGAGUUUGAGCUGGAAGUAGGUUUAGAUAUGUGCUGGAUGAAAGAUAAAACACUGCACUGAACCACAGAGAUAUUAUGAUAUGAUAUAUUAAGAAAUUAUAUAUUUGGACUCUAACCAUUUUUCCACCAGGAGAUGACUAAAGUUAAAUUAAAAUGUGUCUAUAUUGUCCCAACAUUAGAUGGUUAAUAUUGUGGUUAUUACAGGUUUGAUUUUUAUGUUUCAGUGGUACAGGUUCACAGAUUCUUUCUCAUACAAGAAUUGCAAAUGCAUGUGUGUGUGUGCACAUUCACAUCCUGACAGUGUGUGACUUUUUAUCAACAUUGCUGAGUCAAUGCAGAUAUGAGAGAAGUGACUAUGUUGGGUUAUUAAUACAUGUUAAAGCCUCUGAUUUCAAUAUGAAUGUGUGAAAAAGAAUUCAACAACUGAACAUUAAAACAGUUGUUUUAGAUUUUGUUUAUUAUAACUUCAGUGAAAUAAACCGAAAAAAAGCC